AUGUCAAGAAUAAAGAUACGAACGUUAUAUUUAGUUGUGAUUGCUAUAUCCAUAUUCAUUUUGUUGUUUUUCAUAAAUCCACUUAAUCUCACAAGUUACUCAACUCUACAUAAACAAAACCUGCUGCUUAACAUUCAGGAGUCUUCAAGACUACAUCAUCUCUUCGCAAAAGACACAGAAGAUGUAGGAAAAAAUGAAACAGACAAAAUGACUUCACCAGAAAAUGUGACAAAGAAAAGCAAAAUCGAAAUAGACAUGGAUUUGCUUGAGCGAAUCGAAUCACUUCUGACCGACAUCAGAAGUAAAAAGCGAGACAACAGGCUAGAAGUUAGCAAUGGAUUAAAACGUAGAAAGGAUCAAGAUCACACAGCAACAAAUGAAAGAAAAGAUAUUCCAAAGGUGACAGGUCAAAGGUCAAAAGAUACUGAUCCAAAAGUUAUAGAGUCUAAAUCGAUGGAUGGAAAAUUUGGAUUUCUGUUGUCAAAAUUUCGAAGAAAUGAAAUUUCAAAUGUAACUGAUGAGAAACAAUUAAUAGAACAGAAAAAUGCAAAAGAACUUGACAAAGAUUCUUUAGGGAAUAUUCAAGGGGUGACAAAGUAUGAAAAUGGACACCAGUUAUCCCAACAAUUAAACACCAUAAGAUAUUCCCCGGAAACUCCCUCAAAAAGUGAUAAUGAAAAUAAAGCUGAUGUUUGUGAUUCUUGCUUCAAAAAUGAUUUCAAGUACCUCAUCAACCCAGAAUCUAUGUGCAAGCAUUCAGGUGACCUGGAUUUAUUGAUUGUAGUUUCUUCAGCACCAUCAGAUCGAAAUGCUCGUGAUUCGCUCCGAAAAACCUGGGCAUCAACUUCAAUGAUGAAAUCCAUGAAUAUGAAGUGUGUUUUUUUUGUAGGAAUUAUUGACAAUCACCAAACACAAAGGAGUCUUAAAGAGGAAAGUGAACAGUAUCAUGAUAUAGUGCAACUACAAUUUAAAGAUUCUUACUCCAACUUAACAUACAAAACUCUGUCAGAGCUUCGCUGGGUUUCAGAAUUUUGUGCAAAUACAAAAUACGUUAUGAAGACUGACAGUGAUAUGUUCGUGAAUACUUACAUUUUACCAAAUAUUCUUAAAGGAAUUUCAAAUGCAAGGUUCAUUGGGGGCCACUGUUGGGGGCCAUCACCUCCACAUAGGGAAGCAAAUUCCAAAUGGUACGUUUCUUAUAAAAGUUAUAGACAUUCCUCAUUUCCACCAAUGUGUUCAGGGACAGGAUAUAUAAUCAGUCUGGAUCUUGUGCUGGAAAUUCUUCAAAUAUCCAAAAACAUUCCUUAUUUUCAUCUUGAGGAUGUAUUUAUUGCACUCUGUAUUAAAAAGUUGAAUGUAAAACCUGUGUAUCUCCAGGGUUUUUCUAAUAUGCGUACACCAUAUGAUGCAUGUCGUUAUCGCUACAAAGUCGUCACUUCUCAUGAAAUAGCUCCAAACCUAUUGGUGAAUUAUUGGGAAAAUAUGUUAAAAUGUUCAAUGAAACUUGAAGAGCAACAGUAUCAACCAAAAGAUCUAUACUUACCUUAA